AUGCCCAAAGGCAGAGCCCCGGCCGCACUCAUGUCCUCAGUCAUCGCUCCCUCCAAUCCAUCUGGCUCCACUGGACCCAAAGAGGUGGAGUUGAUCCUGGUGAAGGAGCAAAAUGGUGUUCAGUUUACUACCUCUGCCCUCGUUGCGCCAACCGGGCAGACUCAUCCAUCUGGAGAGGAACGGGAAACCUGGGCCAAGAAAAUCGACUUUCUUCUGUCGGUCAUUGGCUUUGCAGUAGACCUCGCAAAUGUCUGGAGGUUCCCGUACCUGUGUUACAAAAAUGGAGGAGGUGCCUUCCUUGUCCCCUACUUGUUCUUUAUGGUGAUUGCCGGAAUGCCUCUCUUCUACAUGGAAUUAGCGCUCGGGCAAUAUAACCGUGAAGGAGCUGCAGGAGUAUGGAAGAUUUGUCCAAUAUUUAAAGGUGUUGGCUUUACGGUCAUCCUCAUCUCACUGUACGUGGGUUUCUACUAUAACGUCAUCAUCGCCUGGGCGCUCUUCUACCUGUUCUCGUCGUUCACCGCCGAGCUUCCUUGGGUCGACUGCAACAACACGUGGAACAGCGCUAACUGCUCUGACCUGAACGCCACUUUCCUGAAUGACUCGCACAAAGCCACGCCUGCUUUGGAGUACUUUGAGCGUGGUGUGCUGCACCUUCAGGACAGUACGGGGAUCGAUAACCUUGGCCUACCACGCUGGCAGCUCACCUCCUGUCUCGCUGUCGUCAUAGUCGUGCUUUACUUCAGUCUGUGGAAGGGAGUCAAGACCUCAGGCAAAGUGGUGUGGAUCACUGCCACAAUGCCUUAUGUGGUCCUGACGGUUCUCCUGCUGCGGGGUGUGACUCUGCCUGGAGCCAUGGAUGGCAUUAAAGCCUACCUGAGUGUGGACUUCCUGCGUCUGUGUGACGCUCAGGUCUGGAUCGAGGCGGCGACACAAAUCUGCUUCUCUUUAGGAGUCGGCUUCGGUGUUUUAAUCGCCUUUUCCAGCUACAACAAAUUCACCAACAACUGCUACAGAGAUGCCAUCAUCACCAGCUCCAUCAACUCCCUGACCAGCUUCUUCUCUGGGUUUGUCAUCUUCUCCUUCCUGGGCUACAUGUCACAGAAACACAACGUGGCCCUUGAUAAAGUCGCCACUGAUGGACCUGGCUUGGUGUUUAUAAUAUACCCAGAAGCCAUUGCGACACUGCCAGGUUCCUCCGUGUGGGCUGUGAUCUUUUUCAUCAUGCUGCUCACACUGGGCAUCGACAGCGCCAUGGGCGGGAUGGAGUCGGUGAUCACGGGUCUCAUCGACGAAUUCAAGUUCCUGCACAAACACAGGGAACUCUUCACGCUCUUCAUCGUGGUGUCCACCUUCCUCAUCUCGCUCUUCUGCGUCACCAACGGAGGAAUCUACGUGUUCACGCUGUUGGACCACUUCGCGGCGGGGACAUCGAUCCUUUUCGGCGUGUUGAUCGAAGCCAUUGGCAUCGCCUGGUUUUAUGGAGUGGAUCGUUUCAGUGAUGAUAUCGAGGAGAUGAUUGGGCAGCGACCAGGGUUUUACUGGCGACUCUGCUGGAAAUUCGUCAGCCCCUGUUUCCUGCUGUUCAUGGUGGUGAUCAGCUUUGCAACCUUUAACCCCCCAAAAUAUGGCAACUACUCGUUCCCAACGUGGGCCAACAUGCUCGGCUGGUGUCUGUCCAUCUCCUCCAUGAUCAUGGUUCCCCUCUACGCCAUCUACAAAUUCUGCAUCCUGCCCGGAAGCUUCUGCACUAAACUGGCCUACGCUAUCACACCAGAGACAGAGCAUCACCUGGUGGAGCGCGAUGAGGUGCGACAGUUCACGGUACGCUCAGAUAAGACUUUUAAGCUACAGCUUAUUCAGCUUCAUCACUGGCUGGUGGUGUGA